AUGUUGGAAGAUAAUGGCGAGGGAAGGGAUGAUGCCACAAGUAAUAAUACGAGGAAGAGUAAGAAGGAGGAGCAAUCUACACGUUAUGUUUGCGUGGAGCUGCGCUGGAGUUCUUAUCCACACAGCAGCCGCGAGGCCAUGCGUGCGAUGAAUUCCAGAGUACGUAGCGGCACCGUGGGAUCGACGCAUCGUUGCCAAGGCCCUGCUCUCUCCCGCCGUCUUUGCAGUGUAGGGUGCCGCUGGGGCUUGCCCGUGGCGCUGUCGACCAUACAGCUGCUGGAACUUUGCCGCCUGCAUGUUUCAGUCGCGCGGCCAUUUACCGCAUGA